AUGAAUGUUUUGAUAUCGACAUUUCUAGCAAUAUUAUCAUUAUGUCCUGUACUUAGUAAUUCUGUAUUACAACAAAAUUCACCCGGCAGGCCAUUGACAUCAUUUUCGGAAUGUGAUGUGAGCAAUACUGAAACUUUAAAAGAAGUUCAUUCAGCUAAUUUCAACCCGAUUUUACGAUCCUACGGACAUGUUGGCUAUCCGGGUUUCAAAAUACGAUUUAACAGGAAUGCGUUCCGCUACGGCAGUUCGAUGAUUGCGCAAAUGCUGAAUCAAGAAAUAUGGAAUGUUCGAAUACCAUCGUUUUCUCAAAGUCUUCCGGAAGUUAAUGGAUGUGCAUACCUUACAAACAUACUGAUAACAAAUUAUCAAUGUGCUCGAAAUAUAGGAUUAUUUCCAAUAUCACAUAAUGAAAUUGCACUCAAUAUUCAAAAUUUUGACCUAAGUUUGAGUGGACAACUUGGCGGGCAAGUCGUUGUUCUAUUGCCUUUACCGCUUUGUGGAACGUUAUGCAUUGACGCUCAACAGAUAUCGAUAUCAUUACAAAUAGCAAUUGAACGCAAUCCUUACAAUGGUGCUGCGUACAUUCGUAUGACUAAAUGUUUUUUGACAAUUGGUUAUUUAAAUAUUCAUAUUAUCAAUGGUGGCCUAAUUGGUGAAAUUAUCAAUAAUAAUUUUCGGAAUAAGAUUAUAUCACAAGCUUAUGCAACGAUACCAGAAAAAUUCUGCAAUAUGAUACCGCCAUUAAUUGAUAAGAAUGUGAAUUCUCGAUUAGCUGAUAUACCACAAAAGAUCUCAAUUACUCAAUUAAUUUCAUAUGCUUCUUUCCUGGUCAAUGAACGGAAAAAAUUACCUGAAUACUGUUAUUCCGACAUUUGUAGACGCUAUUAUUCCAACAAUAUGUCAUUGAAAUUUAGUACGAAAGCGAUAUUCACAGAUGGAGUGCCAAAUACAGCCGGUCCAGAAAAAGAAAAGAUAGACAGCAAUAAACCGUCAGCAAAGUCGGAACGCUUACUUAAUAACACAUUACCGGAUACUGUUACUUUGCAAGAAAAAAUAGGUCAGAAGUCAUCUGUACCUGUAGAAAUAAUUAAGAAAUUUCCUCAAAAGAUACAAAAAAUUCACAAGAAUGGAAAUUGGCAAAGAACAAAAAGAAAUAUUGGGUCAGUAAAUGUAAAUAAUAAUGUAUGGCAACAGUGUUCUAAUUGCGAUUAUGGAAAAAAUGAAAUAAUAUCGCAUUAUGCUGAUAAUAUUAUAAAGCAUAUUCAAACCUGCGCUUCAAACUUAGCUCUAUCAAUAUAUUUGUUGGAUUCCUCGGCAACAAAUUCUGACUUGACUUUUAAUUUAUUAGGAGAGUUUAGUCCGAAUGCACAAGGUGGCACACCUUUUGCACCACCUCUAUUACAAUACCCGAUACCAGACAGUGGAAAAAUGUUUGAUCUACUUAUCAGUGAUUAUACAUUCAAUACAUUACUCUAUCAUUUACAUAGAAAAGGUAUUUUUACAUUUCGAAUCGGUCCUGAGAUACCAGUUGUUGGUGAUUUAUUAAAUUUAACAUGUUCGACGAAUGAUGUCGAUUUUGAAUUGAGUCUUGAAUUGCAGGAUAAUAAGGAUGUGAGUGAUAACAUGACUUUGAAUGAAACGAAUUCGCAGCAUGAUCGUAAGAAGCGUCGCACAACAAUAGAUACUUUCUUGAAUUUCGGUAUAUGUUUGGGUGAUAUUGCACCGGAAAUUCGUGAAAAAAAUCCCGGAAAACGAGUUUACAUUAUAAUCAAAACAAACCGGGCACCAUCCGUGCAAUUUAAAGCUGCUAACGGAGGCACUAUUAUAGUUGAAUUCAUAAUAGAUGGUCUGAUUUUCUUGGAUGGUACCACUACAAGAGUUGGCCAUAUCCAACUUACAACUGUAUCUGCAAUCACAGCCCAGCUCAGAGACAAUCGAAUCGUUGGCAAAGCAGAAAUUCAACGGAUGAAAUUUAUUGACGUUGAUCAAACGUUUGGCCUUCCGAAAGAAGCAUUCGCUAAUCUUUCUGAUUUAGCUCGAGGAAUUAUCACUAGAGCAAUAAAUAAAAAGUUAGCUUAUGGAAUUCCAAUAACUAUGUCACAGUUAGGUUUACCAAUUCAAUUGCAAAAUACUGAUUUGCAAUUAAUCGAACAUGCAUUAUUCAUUUCGACCGAUGCUAACAUUCCAUCAUUAGCACAUCGUUUACCGUAUCAAAGGUUUGCUGGAUGUCCAUAUUAUAACUAA